AACGUUCAGUUGACACCACUUGCCAGGAACGUGAAGCUCUCUAGCGCAAGCAAGGCGUCAUCUUCAUGUGCCCCCAGGCGAUCUAGUAUAUAUGGCACACGCCCGCAUGUACCACCUGAACGAAGCCAAUACCCGAAACACAAUCAUGCCCAGUGUCGCUUCGCAAAAGAAGCAGCUCAUUCUCAAUGCCUUUGACAUGGCAUGCAUUGGCCACCAGAGUCCUGGUCAAUGGCGCAAGCCGGGUGACAAGUCUCCCAACUACAAGGAUCUAGAGUACUGGACAGAGCUGGCGCAGCUGCUCGAAAGAGGGAAGAUUCAUGGCAUCUUCCUUGCCGAUGUCUUGGGCUCGUACGAUAUUUAUCAAGGCAACAUCAACCCAGCAAUCCAAUCGGCGGCUCAAUUCCCAGUGAAUGAUCCAGCUUAUUCGAUCCCGGCCAUGGCGGUUGUGACCAAACAUCUGGGUUUUGCAGUCACUUCGUCCACGACUUACGCACAGCCUUUCGAUCUAGCACGCCGCUUCUCAACACUGGACCAUUUGACGAAGGGCCGUAUCGCUUGGAAUGUUGUGACCUCUUACCUCGACUCGGCCGCUCGAAAUCUCGGCUUGGGAGACAAGCAGAUUGCACAUGACAAGCGUUACGAGAUGGCUGACGAGUACAUGACUGUUGUGUACAAGCUGUGGGAGCAGUCGUGGGAUGAAGAUGCUGUUGUCAAGGAUGCCGAGCACGAUAUAUUUACCGAUCCCUCCAAGGUGCACCGCAUCAACCAUGAGGGACAGUACUUCAAGGUGCCUGGCCCGCAUCUCUGUGAGCCUUCGCCACAACGUACGCCGGUCAUUUACCAAGCUGGUACGUCAGGACCUGGCAAGAACUUUGCAGCAAAACACGCAGAGGCCAUCUUUGUGUCCGGCAACACACCUGAAGAUCUUCGGCCGUCUGUGGAUGAUGUUCGCGCUCUCGCAGCGAAGCAAGGCCGAGACCCAAAGUCAAUCAAGGUCAUUACGCUUUUGGGAACAAUCAUUGGAGAUACCGAAGAAGAAGCACAAGCAAAGUAUGCCGACUUCCAAAAGUAUGCUAGCGAAACAGGAGCUUUGGCGUUGUUUGGUGGUUGGACUGGAGUGGAUUUGUCAAAAUACCCUAUUGAUGAAGAACUCAAAUUGUCCGCCGCAGGAUCGAACGCCAUCCAGUCAGCUCUUGAGAGAUGGUCAAAGGCUGCUCCUGGCGUUGAGAAAUGGACACCUCGAACGGUGGGCAAGCAUAUUGCAAUCGGAGGUCUUGGUCCAGUUGCUGUUGGUACAGCAUCCUCUGUAGCUGACCAGCUCGAACGAUGGGUCGAAAUUGCUGACGUCGAUGGCUUCAACUUGUCUUAUGUGGCAGCACCGGGGACCUUCGAAGAUGUGGUCAACAAGCUAGUUCCAGAGUUGCAACGACGCGGCAUAUUCCACACAGAGUAUGAAGGCAGCACCAUGCGUGAAGGCAUCAACCAAAAUGCAGGAAGCGGUAGAUUGAAUGCAGACCAUCCAGCACAUCGUAUUAUCUCGGACAGGAUUCCGGAUCCUGUCUCAGAAUAGUAGAACAUAGUAAGCAGGCCAUGGAAGCAAAAUAGACUUCUGGCGCGUCG